GCAACCCGCCCUUUUAAAAAAACAGACAACUGCCUAUCUGAGAUUACGGUUGUUUUUAGUACCUUGAGAACCAGUGGCCCAGUGCGCUCUUCACCCUCUUCGGGGGCACGUCGCUCCUGAGCAAUUUUCCGUUAGUAGGGGGUACCCUCUCCGCUAGCGUCUACGGUCAUUUUCAAAUUAACGAAAGAGAAAAGACGAACGACACGAUCAUUUUCCAAUCCAAAGUCGUGUCGAUGAAAGAGUUAAUUGCUAAAAUAGCAUUAUAGCUGGAGAUGCUCGAAGUUGCAGAUGAAUGGCGCCGUUGACUGAAGAUUUGUCACAGGGGUGUCUAGUUUCAGAACCGAUCGCUUAAAUAUAACAACGCAUAGGGCUAAAAAAUUCUCCAAUACUUGGACACGUGCUAGCUGACCUUGACGUGGAGAUUGGCUAUUAGAGUUCUUUAUCGAGCCCAGAUGUUGUGUUGCCUGGUAUCCAUGGCACCCGCUGACCUGGUCAACCCACCAUGUGGUCUACGAUUCCAGGUUUAGUUCCGCUGUUAUGGAACACGGGGUCUCCUGCAAUCGGCGAUAGUUCAGAUAAACUCGAUUACCGAGCGAAUAGCCGACACUCGUUAUUUCGACGAUGGAGCGGGCGAACCCCAGCUAAGUCUCUCGCAGAGUAGCGGCGGGUGAUGGACACUAAGACACCGCCGAUACCGCAGAGGCAACAUACAAAUAUCGAGAAUUCGAAAUCCAAAACACCCGGAGCAGCAACCGGUCGUCCGAAGCAGGUCUCUCUUCCACCUCUGUCGCCGCCUCCGAACCGCAGGCAGAGACUCAAGACCCCUGGCUCAUCCUGGUCUCGGGGAGUCCCCGUCCCUGCCACGAUAUACCGCAACGGUUGCAAUCACCACGAAAUCGAGCAUCCUUACAGGAUUCUCCACUUUGGGGCAACCUCGUUGAUGCACGCUUGUCAACAAGCGGACAGAAACCGGGUGAUCAGACUUCUGAAGGAGCAGAAGGAAACGGUGGGAUACAGAGACAGAACCCUGAGGAGCGCCCUCCACUAUUGCAUGGACGCUGGUUCGGGGGGUGCAGUCGCUUCGGCCGCACCGGAAUUGGUGAACUCACCCGACAUCGAAGGACACACCCCUCUUCAUCUGGCGGUGAUCGCCGGUGACGCGCAACUCGUCGCCGUUCUCCUGGCCAACGGCGCGGAUGUCAACGCCAAGGAUCUGGAAGGGCACAGCGUCCUUCAUUGGGCAACUGUAUGCGGCGAGGUGGAAUGCGUCCGUUUAGUUCUUGCCGCGGGAGCCCGUCCGUCCACACCCGACACGCGGGGUGGUUCACCCCUUCACUAUGCGGCGCAAUGUUGCGGUUCGGCGGCUCCUACGGAGCUCGCUGUUCCCAAGAAGGUCGGACUCAAGGUACUGCAGUCUUUGCUCGAUUACGGGGCCAAUUUCAACGCGAAAGACGAGGACGGAAGACAGCCGAUUCUGUGGGCGGCCAGUGCCGGCAGCGUCGAGGCGAUCCUCGCGCUCGCGAGGGCCGGUGGAUCCGCCGCUGCGGGAGCGUCGGACAAAGACGGUUUGACCGCCCUCCAUUGCGCGGCGUCCAGAGGCCACGCGGGCUGCGUCGAAGCUCUGGUGAACCUUUGCGGCUCUCAGCCGGAUCACGUAGACGACAACGGCUGUUCGGCCCUCCACUACGCCGCGACCUUGGGUCACGCGGACGCGACGGCCCUACUCCUCCGUCUCAAGGCGGACCCCAAUCGCCAAGACCGGAAGGGCAGAACGCCCGCUCUGUGCGCGGCUGCCAAGGGUCAGCUCGAAACGCUGAAGUUGUUGGUCCAGCACGGGGGUUCUCUGCAGGCGAGAACGGUACGGGGCAGCGGGGUGGCCCACGAAUCGGCGGCCUCCGGUAGGGUGGAGCUCAUCAAGUGGCUCGGCAAAAAACGACCGGCACUCCUGGACGUGGCGACUCACGACGGCAAGACGCCGUUGCACGUGGCCGCUCUCCACGGUCACCUCGACGCCUGCAAGGUCCUUUUGGACCACGGCGCGAGGGUCAACGCCGUCCUCAGGACCACCAAGGGUGGCCAGAUGACCGCCAUGGACGCCGCUCUCUAUCACGGACACAGAGACUGCGCUAAACUCAUACAAAUGCACGGCGGUACCACGGCGAAGCAGGUCAGAUCGCAGAAAGUCGGAGCGCACAAAGAGUUCGCCGCCAAGUUGAGGAUAAAAUACGGAGACGAGAGCAGCUCCGAGAGCGACGACGGCGGAUCCGUACGAAGACGAUGUCGCCGACGGAGAGGAUCGAGGGGUCCGGAUCUCUACUACGAGGAGAGGUGGGAAGAGCGUCGCUCGAGGCGUCGGGGUAGUUUGAGGAGAUCCGAGCGCACCGGGAGUCGAAGUUUCAGCGAAGAGGAGCCGAGGGUCACGAAUGCAAAGACCGCCAGGAGUCGGGGGCGAAGAGCGAGGAGCGAAUCGGCCCGCUACGAGGACGACGAAUUCAGAAAGAGGGGCAAGAGCCGCGCUAAGCGAAAGUCGAAAAUUCGCAGGCACGAUUGCAACCGGGAGACUUCGACGGACUCCGACAGCUACCGAGAUUCCCGGAGCGAACGGGGGGAGGCCACCGAGCCCGAAUACCGCGGGGGCAGCGGCGGCGACGCCUCAGACGCGAGCGACGACAGUCUCGAGGUUGUAAUCGUCAAGAAGUCGGUAGAGAAAACGUCGGAGAAAGUCCAGAUGUCCGGCAGAAAAUUCGCGAAGACUCCGAGGGGCGGGAGAGGCUCCGCGAUCACGUCGACGAAGUCGAAAACUCGUCGGCGUUCGGUGAGGAAACGCUACGACGAGCGGCCGACCGCCGUCGACGGCGACGAGAUGAAAAACGUCGGAAAAUCGAACUCGAAAGCGAUUCCCAAGGGCGAAGAGUCCCCGGCGAAGGUCGACUCCUCUUCGAAAUCCAGCCCGGACCGACGGCCCGGCCCCCGGUACAGUUCGCCGAAAAAUGGAGGUGGUGAAAAUUUCGAAGAUGCCGAUUCGAGGUACGCGCGGUACCAGAUGGAAACCGCGGACAGUACGAGCCAAGAAGCGGUCGAGCGAGUCACGGUGACGGCUUUGGUGCACAAAGCUCACGUGUCCGAGACCCCGAAGACGACGUCGAUCGAGAGUCAGUCGAAAAACGGAGACGGGGAAACGACGAGCAAGGGAGACUCCGGCAAAACGGAGGAGGACAAAGAACGAAGGGAAACGGAUUCUAGGAAGAAGACGAGACCUCGUUCCGCCCGUCCCAAUUCCAGCAGAUCCAGAGCCGUAUCCGCCAGAACGAGGAUGGAUCACAUAUUGGAAAGAGCCGACGAAAUGCAGAGCGCACUCGUACAGAAGGCCGCCAAUUUGAAAAAAGGGAUCGAGGAUGUGAGCGAGCACAUCUCCGACGCGUCUCCCGUCGCCGAACCGGAAGUCGAAGACGAACGCGAGAACGAGCCGGGAAAUUCAUCGUCGCAAAGUGAGGAGAGAAUCGGCGACGACAAGACUGGAGUAGAAGAAUCCGACAAGUCCCUCUCCCCUGAUAAGUCAAUGGUGGACGAAACGGAGGGUAAAUCGACGACGAACGAUCGACCUCCAAACGAAGAGGACUACGCGUCGUCACGGAAUUCCUCCGUCACUCCCGGCGAGGAGCAGGGACACGAGAACGACCCCGAAGGUCAGCGGGACGAAACGGACGUCGCAGCGCCGUCGGAAAUUUCGUCAACAGAUGCCGGAAACGCGAGUCCUGCAAGCGAAAACUCAGCUAAAAUUGACAAACGAAGAGCUGAGACAAACAAGGACCCGAGGAGCGGUGGAGAAUCCGCCGGCAAAACUCUCGUCGACGGUGAGUCCGCGUCGGACGCGUUGGAGGGAAAAUCGUCGUCGGAAAAAUUGAAGCAAACGUCCGGAAGCAGAGGUGUAAAGAAGAAAGGGGUAAAACGUGGCGGGAAGAGAGCCGAUUCCGGUAAAACGUCUUCCGGCAAAUCAUCGGAGCCGGACCACGAGAACGUGGACGAAGAAAUUCGGGAAACAACCGGGAAACCGUUCGCAGGAGAAAGUUAUGCCGAGGUCGAUCGGCACCCCGAAACCGAGGAUCGUCGGGGUUCGUCGAGGGGACGCCUUGACGCGGGGAAGGAGUCGUCGGCCGGCGUUACCGGAACAUCGAAAUCCGAGCUCGAGUCCGAUUUCAAAGAAUCGCGAGAACUCGGAACGGAUAACCCCGAGGAUAAUUCCGGUAUCGCGACGAACUCCGCGAGUCGGGGCAGCUCCUCUUUUCGUCGUUCUCGUUCCAGUUCCCAGGAUUCUCGCGGUGGGUCCGAAUCGCGAGCCUCGACCGCGCGGCGUCGCGAAGGUGGUCGAGGCUCGGCCGGUUUUUCGAAAUUUCCGAGCGAGCACCGCGAGGCGAACGAACCGGACAGUAACGCGGAAUCGUCGCCACCCCGUACGGCGAUUGUCGCUGUUAUCGAGAGCCCGGAGUGGCGGGAGGACGAAGAGGACGAAGCCAUCGUCAACGAAAUCAGGGACGCCAUAGGCGAUUAUCCGGACAUCGAAACCGACCCCGAAGACAACAGCGUCGGGGUGAUGAGGGUGCUGCCGAGCACCAGCGACGACGAGAUUACGCUGACGACCGUUGGACGAUCCAGAAAUUCGGGGAUCGACUCGCUUUUCCAAGUCGUCUCGAGACCCCAUCCCCGGGUCCUCCGAGGGGACCCCAGCCCCGAGAGAGAGGCGGAAAAAUCGACGGAGCGGAGAACGCGUGAUCGAAAUCGAAGGGACAGCGGGGGUCGCGACAGCGGAAUCGAGCCCAGUCCGAGGAUAUCGAAAAUACCCAAGAGGACGUCGAGACGCUAUCCGAACACGGAGAAGCAGCAGGCUCUCCAAAUGGAAACUGUGACAAGGGACGUUCAAGUCAGUCUGAGACGAUAUCACCUGGAGAGGAAAAUAUUCUUCCAGCUAAUGGAACUCAAGAGACUGCAAAUAAGGCACGGCCGGGCCAACGAACAAGUCCUCGUCAAACGACAGGUGGAGGCGUUUCACAAGGCAGGAACGACGGGACCGACUUUGGGGGUCGCCAAGUACGAUCAGCCGUUGACUUUCAGACACUUCGAGUCCUUUCUCUACGAGCAACUGAGGCGUCUCCAACGUCGUCCCGCGACUCCCGAUUGGUGUACGGGUGCGAAACAGUGUACCCAAAAAACGCACCGAUGUCACCACGCAACCAGUGCGUACACCUCGCUUCCGGUCUACACAUAUCUUGGAGUUGAUCGGGAACGAGCGGGAACUUUCCUGCCUAAUAUUGAGGGCAAAGGGAGAGGACGAAUGACGGUCGAGUUGACACACGGCGAAGAUAAGCAAGUGAUAGCGCUACCUGCGGAAAGGCUGGAUCGUAGCAAAAAAUACUUUGUCACGUUUACCGUUCGCGGUGAAGCCCAGGGAAGAAAGAAGAAGGCCAAGAAUAAUUCUCAGCUAGACAUGCAGAGAAACGCGAAAAGUGUUUGUUUCUAUCAAAGAUCUGCAAGGGAUACCGUAUCGACGUUGCGACGCGGUAUGCCGCUUCGAUUCCGCGGAAUUAAUCGUCCAAAAAGAGGCUGUCGUAUGGAGAAAUGGCUUCAAGAUAGAAGGCUUUGGCUCUUUGGUAGUACGCUGCCUCUGCUGCCGAGGAGGUCUCGGGCGCCAAGCAAAGCCAUGGAGCGUUACGAGCGUCUUGGCAGACUGGGUGAGGGGAGUUACGGUGUCGUUUUCCAGUGCAGAGAUCGGCAGACGGGAAAAUUGGUGGCGGUAAAGAAAUUUCAACAGACCGAGGACGAUCCCUUGAUCAGAAAAAUCGCACUCCGGGAAAUACGUCUUCUCAAGAAUUUGAAACAUCCGAAUCUGGUGAAUCUUCUCGAGGUGUUCAGAAGAAAGCGAAAACUCCACCUGGUUUUCGAAUACUGCGAACACACGCUCUUAAACGAAAUGGAGAGGUUCCCGAAGGGUUGCCCCGAGACAACGACCAGGCAAUUGACCUGGCAGAUUCUCCAAGGAGUAGCUUACUGUCAUCGAUUGGGAUGCGUCCAUCGGGACGUUAAACCCGAAAAUAUCCUGAUCACGGGCGACGGAGUUGUUAAGUUGUGCGAUUUCGGAUUCGCCAGGAUGCUCAGCCCCGGUGAAAACUACACGGAGUACGUAGCCACGAGGUGGUAUCGGGCUCCGGAGUUACUGGUGGGUGACACGCAGUACGGAACACCGGUGGAUGUAUGGGCGAUAGGAUGCGUGUUCGCAGAGCUUGUCAGAGGACAGGCGUUGUGGCCCGGUAAAUCGGACGUCGAUCAAUUGUAUUUGAUACGAAAAACCCUGGGGGAUCUACUCCCGAGACAUAUAACAAUUUUUCAACAGAACGAAUUUUUCGCGGGCGUUAGACUGCCCGCUCCCGAGACGAUCACUCCCCUGAUCGACGCCCUGCCCGAGAGACCGAGUAUUUCCUUGCAGAUUGACUUUUUGACGAAAUGCUUGGACAAAGAUCCGGACAAACGAUGGAGCUGCGAUCAGCUUCUGGAGCACCCGUAUUUCGAUAACUUCUAUUUCAAAAUGCCCGACGGCGAACUCGAGGAGUUUGCGAAGCUGAGGAAGUAUCGCGACAGAAGCCGAAACGCUAACUACAGCCAAAUGGUUUUACCCCAGCUUCCAAAAGGGCCCGGUCAGAAUGCGCACAAUAAUCAGAGCGACAACCGUCCAAAAAGUUCAUCGAAACAGCACCAACAGAAUUUUGAUCACCUGCCGACCAUAUGAUAACCAAAUAUGAGAUCUACGUUGUAAAAUACUUACAUACACCAUUCUAAUGCGUCUUGCGAUUGUGAACCGUCCAGAUGACUCAUCGGAUCGUAAAUCGAGCCAUCGUUUCAAUUCUUAAGUUCUUCUUCAACUGCAACAAUGAUGGUUACGUGUUUAUUUUUCUAAAGGAGCAAUUGAAUCGCGCGGAUUGUACAGCGUUUUGGCGAGUUCUUCUCUUUUUCUUUGAUAUUAAAAUGAAAUGAGUAUGUUUAAUUGUACGUAGAAUUAGACACGAUUUGAAUGAAUGCCCAUGUAAGCAAUUAAAUCAAACUAAAUAAUUCCUCCUUAAUUUGAAUCAAA